ACCUGUCCCCAGAAAACCGUUAGAUCCGCAUCUGCCGCUGUAUUUUCCGCAUGAAAAAGAACCGAAUUUCACCAUCUCUCUCGAUCCUUUGUAGCAAAAACCUAAUCCUUGUUUUUACCCCCUUUGCCUUGUACUUAAGUGUCAAGCGAAUUGCGCUUGUGCGAAUCCAAGUAUCGAUCCUACUUCAGUAGGGUGGUUGAGUUCCCUCGCCGCCCUUACCUACUCAGUUAACACGACGUCACUCUAUUUAAGCCAUCAGCAGCUUAACAAAAUCAAAUCAGCGACAAAAAGGCACAAAUCGAAGACGGCGCUACUCAUUUAGACAACUCGUGCUCAGUGCGAUGCUCAGUCCGAGUGAUAAUUAGUGGCGUUUUUUGGCGGGAAUCUUCACCGAGGAUUAAACGAUGGAGACGCAAAGUUUUCGUUCGCUUCAAAAGAAGCGUACAACGAAUUUCCGCGAGGACGAAACGAAAUUGUUAAUACAAUUGUGGGGCAGUCCCCAAAUACAAAACAAACUCUACUUGACCCAUCGAAAAGAACCAGUAAUGCGUCUUUUGGCUGCCAACAUGCAACAACGUGGUUUUUACAGAACGCCCGAUGAGAUCAAAACAAGGAUAAGAAAUCUCAAGUGCCUCUAUCACAGAAUCAAGAGGACAGUCCAAUCGGGAUCUGGAAUUGGGACUGUCGAUCCAGAUUGGCCACACUACAAAGCCAUGGACAGGAUUCUGAGCAAACAGAACCAGAAGAAGGAGAGUUUGUACAAGGAUAAUGUCUUCGAGGGGCCUCGCUGCGAGGACAUCAAGCAGGAGAUUGACGAUAUCGAUAUUAACGAUGAUAUGGAGUCCUACACCACCAACAGCAUGGGAGGGUCGGAAUAUGAAGAAGAACAAGUACAACUGCCUCCGCUGACUCCAGCCCCAAGCAAAGACGGGAAAAAACCGGACAACAAAUCGGUACCGAACCGAAACUUGCCCAAAAUUUUACCAAACCUUACCAUUCCUUUGCAAAAUCAACAAAACGGAGCCCAAAAUAAACAAACUUCAAUCCCAUCGAUUCCAUUCCCACUGUUAAUCCUCAAUGGUGUUCAACCAAACGCAAACCCGGACAAGAAAGACGCAAAAAGUCCAGGUGGAAUAAAAAAUGAUUCAGACGUUAAUCAAGUCCUGAAGGAGCUUCUCGAGGUCCAAAAGGAGAAUCUGGACAUCGAGCGCCAACGCCUGGAACUGGAAAAACAGAGGCUCGAAUUUGAGCGCUUUGUUGGUUCCCAAUUACUGGCAAUGGGCCCAUUUAUUGGAAAUUUGUUCCAUCGAUUUGCAUUUCCGACCGAAGAUAUGACAGAAAACGAGAAAAAUAACAGCCGAAAGAGGCAAAGUAGUUGUGAUAUUGACCUUUUGAAGGAUAGUAAAAUUUUGAAGACUCUGCUGAGUGAGGGGCUGAAGAAGUACAUUGUGAGUGAGGAUGAGAACGACGACAGUGGGAUUCACAAUGAUGACAACAGCAACAGCAGCAGUAAAUAAUUUGUUCGUUUCAUUCCAAUAACAUUCCGUUAAUUAUUUAUUUAAUUUAUUUGUAUAGAAUUACAAUAAAGUCAAGCUAUUGAGUAUUCAUAAAA